ACAAACAAGAUCACUGGGUCAAAGAUUGUCCAGAAAGACGCAACCGACAACAGGGACGCGAACAACAGGAAUUCAGUCAGGACUACACAGCUGGAAACUGACGUCAAACAGACAUUGGAGAGGUCGGUGAACACAGCCUGACAGGAGAGGAACAUGCGCCGCCCGAAGCUACAGAACAGGGAAGUGAAACACACACAUACACACAAAUUGUCAAUGCUAUUGAACAGCUGCAGGGAGAAGUUAUGAAACCAGUGGGCACAUAUGUAAAAUACAAUGCUAAGAAUUCGUAUGAAAAGUUCCCCACUCUGUCUUUGGACAUCUUAGGUAAAAAGAUUGUAUUUUUGGUUGAUUCAGGUGCCACUCACUCUGUUGUUAAAAUUAGUGAUCUGCCUGACUGCAAGUUGAGUGGCAGAUACAUCCAUUCUAUUGGAGCUGCGGGUGUUACUGUUAAAGAAAGAUUCUCCAUGCCAGUAAAAUGCACAGAUAUAGGUGAUAACAGCCACCCUUUUCCCUCAUCUGUUAAACACAGUUUUCUAUUAUCAUCAGUCUGUCCCAUAAAUUUGAUGGGAAGAGAUUUGAUAUUACAGUUUGGUCUCAACCUCAUCUCCACCGAUGAAGGUUUAGAAGUCAGACGUUCAUCUCCCAUAAUGCUCAACACUGCAUUAUGGCAACCUGAUACAUCAUUUGUGUAUCUUUGGCUCCUAAAUUUUCCUGUAUCAGAAAAACUGAUACAUUUGACUCAUCAGCGGGUUCUUUCCAAUGCUAUAUUCAUGCCUAAUGAUCAUUUGCAUUGUACUGUUCAUGUGGCUGAAGGAGGUGCAUCUCAAUGUUUUCAGCAAGAUUUUCUUGUGGAUGACAUUAAUGAUGAGAUAAUGUUGAAGACUAUGUAUUGGAGCUCGCUGCGCAGCGCUAUUUCUGUUACUCUCACACCCCGCCAAUCAGCGUUGUAUCAAGUGUCAGGGGCGGUGCCACAUGUCUCUCUAGCAAAAGCUCCGGCAGACAAAUGGCAAGAUUUGGGUCCUCUUGUUAAAGAUUGGGAGUCAGCUGAUGACUGGCAACCCACACACACAUCAUUUAUUAUGUACUCUCCCUCUAAAGACGUCUAUAAAAAUGACAUCCACUGUACAGCACACACACUCCGCUCUGUAAUAUGCAUCGACUCUGAAGACACUCCAGGAGUGCCUCCUACACAAGGUACAUACUUUGCACAUGUUUCUGAUCUCCCACUGGCUUUGUCAGAUGUUCCAAGAACAUUAUGGGCAGCUCACAAAUAUGAUGUAGGUUUAAUUCGCUCCGCUGAUCCUGUGAUUAUCACUCCCAAAUCAUCGUAUCGCCCAAAUCGACCUCAGUAUCCACUUAAACGCGACGCUAUUGACGGCAUUAGGCCUGUAUUCACUUCUCUGUUACAGCAAGGCAUUAUUAUUCCAUGCAAAGACUCUCCAGUGCGAACACCUGUGUUUCCUGUGAAAAAGAUUCGAGACAAACCACCUGAUGAAUGGAGAUUUGUACAGGAUUUACGUGCUGUAAACGAAGCCGUACAUGCACGCGCUCCGCUCGUGCCCAACCCGUACAUCAUUCUCCCUCAGGUUCCCGCUUCCGCAAUUUACUUCACUGUUGUUGACCUCUCCAAUGCUUUUUUCAGUGUCCCUGUUCAUAAGGACAGCCAAUUUUGGUUUGCAUUUGAGUUUGAUGGAAAGCCCUACACAUUCACACGUCUGUGUCAAGGGUAUUGUGAAUCACCCACAGUCUAUAAUAUGGCAUUAUGUUCUAGUCUGUCUUCUUUACAGAUGUCUAAGGGAACGGCCCUUAUUCAAUAUGUUGAUGACAUUAUGAUCUGCUCACCAACCAAAGCCCAAUGUCAAACUGAUACUAUUGCCCUGCUAAAACAUUUGGCUGCUGAGGGUCAUAAAGCUAGCCUGUCUAAACUUCAGUAUGUACAGAAGUCUGUCACUUUUCUGGGCCACAUCAUUUCAGGGGAUGGUAAAGCUCUCUCUGGAAAGCGUAUUGCAUCAUUAGCUGCAUUACCAAAACCUGUCACUAAGAGACAGAUGAUGUCAUUUUUGGGUAUGUGUUCAUACUGCAGAUCAUUCAUCCCUAACUAUUCUCCGCUUGAACAACCACUCAGACAGAUCACUCACGUGUCUGGGUUAAAACCUGCCGAUCGGUUACAAUGGACACCUGAGGCUAAUGCUGCAUUUUUAAACAUGAAGCUAGCCCUUCAAUCCCCUCCUACGCUGGGGCUGCCUGAUCCUACUAAACCUUUCACCCAAGCGGUUGAUGAACGUAAUGGCUGUAUGAUUUCGGUGUUGUUGCAGGAUCAUGGGGGAAAACAGAGGCCUGUUGCCUAUUUCUCCUCCAAAUUAGACGCUGUGGCUGCAGGUCUCCCUAAAUGUCUUCGUGCUGUAGCUGCUGCUGAGAAAGCACUCACUUCCUCACGUGACAUUGUCGGCUAUGCUCCAUUGACUCUUUUGGUGCCUCAUGCUGUGUCUCUCAUCCUGUGUGAACAAAGAACUUCACACCUAUCUGCUGCUCGCUAUUUAAGAUAUCACACAUGCCUGUUGGACAUGCCAAAUGUUGUAGUCAAACGUUGUACUACUCUCAACCCUGCAUCUCUUAUGCCCCUACCUGAUGACGGUGACGAACACGACUGUGUUGCCGAAUUACUCAUUGUGUGCACACCACGACCUGACCUUAAAGACAUACCUUUGACUAAUCCUGAUCUCGUUCUGUAUGUUGAUGGGUCCGCAUCUCGUGACCCAGAUGGUUCUAAUCGUGUUGGUUUCUCUGUUGUUUCAGACUCUGCCACUCCCCUCCACGACUCUGUGUGAGGAUGCUAUGUUGAGCUAUUGUAUUAACCUCUCAUCCAAUUUAGCAGAUAUCCGCCGCCAGGUUGUAGCAGCCCUACCAACACCUGCAGACGGACCCCUGCACAGCCUCCAGCCCGGAGACACGGUGCUGAUCAAGGACUUCCGCAGAAAGAGCUGGAAAACCAGUCGUUGGCAGGGUCCAUACCUCAUC